AUGUAUGCUGAGUCAGUGUGUAAAUAUGACUGUAACCGUGCUGAUUCAUGGUUUAUACAUGACAAUACCUGCGUUGAGUCAGCAUGUAAAUUUGACAAGACCCACGCUGAUACGUGCGCUGAGUCAGUGUGUAAUCUCAGCAGUACCUGCGCUGAGUCAGUGUGUAAUCUCAGCAGUACCUGUGCUGAGUCAGUGUGUAAUCUCGACAGUAUCUGCGCUGAGUCUGUCUGUAAUGUCGGCAGUACCUGCGCUGAGUCAGUGUGUAAUCUCGGCAGUGCCUGUGCUGAGUCAGUGUGUAAUUUCGGCAGUACCUGUGCUGAGUCAGUGUGUAAUCUCGGCAGUACCUUCGCUGAGUCGAUGUCUGAUCUCAGCAGUACCUGCUCUGAGUCAGUGUGUAAUCUCGGCAGUAUCUGUGCUGAGUCAGUGUGUAAUCUCAGCAGUACCUGUGCUGAGUCAGUGUGUAAUCUCGACAGUACGUGCUGA